AUCCUUCAAGCAGCAGGCACGCAAGAUACUUCGACAGUUGCACACUGUUAAGCCUACCGAUGGACGCCAGGCUUGUUCCCACAUCAUCCAAGAUCCAUUCAUCCUUACCAACGGCCGUAUCCAUCCCCUAGAAGGAGAUAUUCUCUUAAACACCAACACUGACCUAGACAUGAGUUUCAUGCACAACGACUUUACCGAGUCUAACUGCAUCGUUGACAAUGACAAGAUUGUAGGGCUUGUUGAUUGGGAAAUGGCUGGCUUCUUUGGCUGGAAGACAGCUGGCGAAGUCCAUCGUAGGAUCAGAACACCUCAAAGGGAGCAUUUUGCCAAUGCUGACCUGAGUGAGGAGAGGCUUCAGGACAUUAUGUUUUGGAAUGAUAUUUAUGACGAUGGUUUGCCCGAGUUUUGACAUGGCUUCUGCUGUGGGCGAAGCGCUGCCGGUGGCUGUAUCGUCUUGGAGAAUGGUGUCCCCUGUUGGAGCGAGGAGAUGGUGAAGUGUGUCCCCUGCGGGGUCCACACGAAUCAUUCAGUAGGAACUGCCCGAAGCUCCGAGUAUCAAAUAUGACAUGAAGCUCCCCUGAGGGCUAUUCUACAAAUGAUA